AUGGUGACAGAGAUUUCCUGCUUCAGAAACGCUGGAAGCCGCUGGUUUAAAAGCAUCCGGAACAGAGGGCUCUACUCGGGUUCUCUCCCCGCUGCGUCAUUUCAGUCGAGGAAAAAGACAGAAUUACAAGGGGAACGCGCCGGGGCAUCAUGGGAGUCGGCGGCGGCAGGGAUUGUGGGAAAUGUAGUUUGGAGACUCCGCCCUCCUCGCCAUUCCUGUAAUGGCUGCUUCCUGGAAGGUCGUGUCACGUGGAACCUCUUAAUCUCAGCAUCCGGAGCUCCAGGAAGGGAAAAUUUCAAGUCAGAUAGAAUUCUAUAUAUACCAUUUCUUUGGAACCUUCAGCCUCCAGAUUCCAACAUCAUGACCUCAGUUUCAACACAGUUGUCGUUAGUCCUCAUGUCACUGCUUUUGGUGCUGCCUGUUGUGGAAGCAGUAGAAGCCGGUGAUGCAAUCGCCCUUUUGUUAGGUGUGGUUCUCAGCAUUACAGGCAUUUGUGCCUGCUUGGGGGUAUAUGCACGAAAAAGAAAUGGACAAAUGUGACUUUGAAAGGCCUACUGAGUCAAACCUCACCUUGAAAACCUUUGUGCUAUAGAGGCUAAACCUGAGCUCUGGUGUGUGAAAGGUUCCAAGAAUCAGUAAAUAAGGGAGUUUCACAUUUUUCAUUGUUUCCAUGAAAUGGGAACAAACAUACAUUUAUAAAU